AUGGCUCGCUUAUGUACUAUUAUACCACAAUAUGUCCUAGAGGGCAUUGUUGAGAAGGGAUUAGCGCCACAGCACAUCAUCAGUCGGUGCCGAUCCACUAUCGACAAAACCAGGCAACUUCAGGAUACCCGUGGGCAACACGUGCAGAGCAUCGCAUCGCCUGAGCUGUCACAAACCAACCAUAAUAUUAUGCCACCCUAUAUCCUUGAGUCAAUAGCUCGGAAUGCCGCAACAGAACAGCAGCGCGAGGCGGCGCGCCACACACUCGCAGUCAGCACUAAACAUCGAAUAGCGGCAGGGCGUAAACGUCAAAUACACCGUACAGUCUACGACGCGCAGUUUUCACCUGCCAUACGUCCUCCGAGGGAUAAGCGGCUCCUCAGAGAGGGCGAUGAACUCCUCUCUGAGGUGAAAGAUCCGACCAACAAUGCAAACGAGUGCUAUAUUGGCCUUAAGAAGACUUAUGACUUCUACUUCGACUUCUUCCAUCGAAACUCGAUUGAUGAUAGCGGUAUAGCGCUCGAUGCCUUCGUGCAUGCUGGUGAUUUCCUUAACGCUUUUUGGAACGGAUAUGAGCUCGUAUUUGGUGAUGGAGAUGGCGUUAUCUUUGACGGAUUUACCGACGAGCUUGAUGUCAUUGGCCACGAGUUUAGCCAUGGCGUUGUGGAGCAUACAAGUCCACUCCCUUACCGAUUCCAGAGCGGUGCUCUCAAUGAGUCUUUGGCCGACGUUUUUGGUAUUAUGAUCAAACAAUGGGGUGAAAGCACCCCCCAGACAGUUGAUCAAGCCGACUGGCUUAUUGGGGAGGGACUCUGGGCUGCUGGUGUCAAGGGCAAGGCACUACGGGACAUGGCAAAUCCUGGAACAGCUUACGAUGAUGGUGCUGUGGGGGCAGACCCUCAGCCUGCGCACUGGAGAGAUUUCAAGAAGCUCCCCAUCAGCAAGGACAAUGGUGGUGUCCACAUCAACUCCGGCAUCCCGAAUCGCGCCUUCUACCUUGCUGCAACUAAAAUUGGAGGAUAUGCCUGGGAGGGUGCAGGUCCUAUCUGGUACCGCGCUCUAAGCAGUGGUAAGCUCCCCACGGACGGUAAAGCUAAGUUCAAGGACUUUGCCGAUCUUACGAUUGAGAAUGCUGGGGAGCAUGUAGAUAAGAUUAGGGAAGCUUGGACACUCGUUGGAUACCCAUUCGCAGAGGAGAGGGCCGAACUGUAA